AUGAUAUCUCAAAGUACCUGUCAAGAUUCAGCCCAGGGCCUUCCUACUACUAACCUUCAAGGACUCUUUGAUCAGGACCCCGCCGAAGCCACUAAGCUCUUUGAUGCAUCGAAGCAAUACGGUUUCUUCUACCUUGAUUUUGGAACGAUCUCUAAGAGAAAGACUGUCCUAAGUCUCAUUGAUCAGAUAUAUCGCUUCGAGGAAGAGCUUUUCAGUCUUCCGCAGCACUACCUCAUGAAAUAUGAUGUUUACGAAAUAAAGUAUAUGAAAUUGAAUGGGUAGGCUCUUUCUAACAAGCUCCCGAAUAUUUUCUGAUAACAAGAAGCUACAAACCAAAGGGAAGAAAUUUUGGACGUAUGUACUACUAA